CACAGCGCGCGCGCGCGCGGGGCACGGCGCCGCGGGCGGCGGCGGGCGGCGCUCGGCGGUCGGCGCUGGGCGGCCGGCAGUCGCUGGCCAGCCGCCGCAGCGACAGCAGUGGAGCCGGUGGCUGCGCGGUGCCCGCAGUGUCGGCAGCGCUGGCGGCGUGUGCUAGUGUUCAGUGUGAGGAGCGGUGUCCGAGCCGCGGCAGUCACCGGCGCCUGCCAGAGUGAGAUGUCGCCGUUGUGGGCACUGCGGUGCCUGCUGGGGACUGUCCUGCUGCUGGUCCCAGCUCACGGCAGCACACCCACUUUCAAUUUUCCCAAAGGUAGACUCCAGAAGUGCACUAAUGAAGGAGAGAUUGUGCAGCUGAGCUUUAUCAAGACGAAUCCCUGCAUUACGUGCAGGUGUAGGGACGGACUGGUCAUAUGUGACCACGAGCGGUGCGACAUGACCAAAACGUGCCACCUACUGCUGCUCGGUCAGCGCAUUCGGCCCGACUCCUGCUGCGAACAGUGCAAAGGGUGUACGACGCCCGAUGGCGCGCACAAGGAGGGCGACGAGUGGCCGGAGCCCUCCGACCCGUGCCGGGUCAAUCACUGCUUUAGCGGCGUCAUCACCCAGUCCACGGUGAAGUGUCACACGCCGUGCGCCAACCCGCUGCCGCCGGCGCCGGGCGAGUGCUGCCCGCGCUGUCCCAGCUGUCUGCUCUCCGGCCAGGUGAUCGCGCCCGGCGAACAGCUCACGCCGCGCAGUGACCCGUGCAUGACCUGUCAGUGCGACCGGAACGGCACCCAGAGCUGCAGCAAACGCGUAUGUCCGGCGCUCUCCUGUCCCGCGUCCAAGACGGUGCGAGACCAGGGCCAGUGCUGCCCGCGCUGCAAAGGCACGCGUCGGAUCAAGCCCAGCGACGGCUGCGUGAUGGGCAAGCGGCGCUUCUCGGCCGGCCAGAACUUCACGUUGGACCCGUGCACUCAGUGCUCGUGCCAGGGCUCGACGAGCGUGUGCGCGCGCCAGAGCUGCCCGGAGCUGGCGUGUCCGCUGGUGCACCAGGUGUACAGUCCGGACCGCUGCUGCCCCGUCUGCCGGCGGCCAGAGCGCGUCCGGCGCGUCUGCCGGUACGCCGGACAAACGUACCAGGACGGCAGCACGUUCAAGCUGAACUCGUGCACCAAGUGUGUGUGUAACGACGGUCAGAUCGACUGCGAGCUGGAGCGGUGCGACCGGAACAUGACCUGUCCGCCGGGUCACCACGCCGCCAAGCUCACCGGACAGUGCUGCGAACAGUGCGUCGAAGAUGACGCCGUGUGUACGGUCUUCGGUGACCCGCAUUAUAACACGUUCGACGGCAAGAUCUACAACUACCAGGGCACCUGCAAGUACGUGCUGGCCAAGGACUGCGCUGACCGCUCCUUCUCCGUCCGCGUCAAUAAUGACGCGCGCAAGAGCCGCUUCUUCAGCUGGACCCGAUCCGUCAGCAUCAAGGCGGGCGGUCUGCGCAUCUCACUCCGUCAGAAGGGCCGCGUCAAGGUGAAUGGCCGCUUCGAGGAGCUGCCGUUCGUGGAGAUGGACCAUGCCAUCAUCUACCAGGACCCGACCGACAACUUCAACGUGGUCCUGAAGCUGGUGGCCAUCGGUGUUCGCGUAACGUGGGACGGAGACAGCUUCCUGCAGGUCAAGGUGCCACCCAGCUACAAGAACAAAAUGUGCGGCCUGUGCGGCAACUACAACGGCGUCCGUUCGGACGAUUUCACCACCAAGAGGGGCAAACGGGUGCGCAGCGCGCGCCGCUUCGGCCGCUCCUGGAGAAUCGGAGGUCGCUCGCGGUGUUCGGCAGGCUCGCGGCGCAAGUCUCGGAAGAACCGUAAGCGGCAGCCGUCCUGCAAAGACCGCGCCUCUCGGGCCAACGCUGUCCGCCAGUGUAACCGGCUCAAGUCUCCACUGUUCGCCGGCUGCCACGCCAAGGUUCACCCGGCGUCGUACUUCAAGUCCUGCGUCCAGGAUAUGUGCGAGUGCGACCACAAGCGCAGCUGCUACUGCGAGGCGAUGACGGCCUACGCGCACGACUGUCAGCGCAAGGGCGUCUUCGUCGACUGGCUGGAGGGGACAGACUGUGCAGUGCACCGUCGCUGCCCGACGGGCGCGCGCUACGUGGCCUGUCGCAGCCCCUGCCAGCCGAGCUGCGCAGUGCCGGAGCCGCCGGCGGAGUUGUGCUCGGCAGACGUGCAGUGCCAGCCGGGCUGUGUGUGCCCCGAGGGUACCCUGCUGCACCGGGGCGUCUGCGUGCCUCCGAUGCUGUGCCCGAACCGGUAGCCUGGCGUGCCGCCGUCCGCCCGCCCGCCCGCCGGCGGUCCGUAGAGGCUGUGUGUGACGCCGAGACCGGCAGGACGCCCGUUCAGGAACAGGAUAGGAGAGAAGGACGCGAGAGAGAGAGAGAGAGAGAGAGAGAGAGAGAGAGAGAGAGAGAGAGAGAGAGAGAGAGAGAGAGAGAGAGAGAGAGAGAGAGAGAGAGAGAGAGAGAGAGAGAGAGUCGCGCACAGCCAGACGCGGUUGUUCCUGCUCGGGACGCUAUUGUGAUAGUCGGCACUGUUACUGAUGUGUUUCGCCGCCCGCCUGUGCCGUGCCGUUGCGUUGUUGCUGUUGCCUCCGCCACCGCACGCCGCUGCCGUUAGCGCCGGUGAAGGGGAGAAAAGUUGAGCGGCGCCGGCGGGCCGCGGCCGCGAUCGAACAAACACAGUAUUCUGAGCUCGCCCGGAACGGUAGUACCGGCGGCGAGACGGCAGAGGCGCGAGAUAGUCGCGAGACGGGAUGAUCGGUCCGACCAGCAGUUGAAAGCAGCGCUUACACGCUCUUUAUCGUCAGCUUCUGAUGAGGACUGCAGACUGUGACAUCCUGGUGUUUCGGUGGCCUUUCGGAAGCCCUGGUUGGAGGCGCCCUGGCGUCCCGGGGAGGGUGGUGUUGUGUUGUGGUGGACAUACCCGGCGGGACUUGUCUGCUAACCUAGUCAAACGGGCGCGAGCUGGGCACGCCCCGGCUACCGCCGCCGCUGCGCGAUCUCAGUUGGACAAGGCGGCCAUAUUGGGACAGGCCUCGAUGGAGGCGGCCAUGUGUGAGUGACCGCUGCGACGGUCGAGCUGAGGGACCCGUGCUCGAGGCAUGCUGGGCAUGACACAGCUGUGGAGCUGAGCUGGAGUGGCAUCGCGUUAACGAGUCUUCAUGUGUUUUGAUGUUGUUCGUUGCAGUUUUAAACCUCACGUUUCAAACAUCCAAGGCAGCUGCUUCAUGCGUAUAUCUAUGCAGAGAACAUCGCCCAUCAUUCUUUUCAUGGCCGCGUCAAGCCGAAAUUUGUCGCAUUCAAAUCAUGACUGGCGUGUUCCGAAGCGUCUGUGACCAUACAUCUGUGUGUUAUUCGUGGAGCCGCGUUGACAGUGCUGCCAUGUUUUCUGAGCGCCGGCCGGACAGGUCAGAGGUCAGGGUCAGGUCAAGGUGCCGCUGUGACCCGCCGGCCGCCAGCGCCACGUGCAAUGCCUGCCAGCGAGCUCUUUGUGUGUCGCCAGCCCGAGUCCAUAGCGGACCCGUACUCAUAUUUUUGUAACUGUAUUUAUCUCCGCAUUGUUAUGUGCACCCAUUUUGUAUAUAAUUUUGUUUGCUGAUCUCAAUGCAUAUUAAAUGAGAGUAAGAAA